AUGUCUCUGGCUUCCAUCCUCCCCGCCGAAGCAAUCGGGAAUGCUAUACGAGAGUGCCAAGCCCCAGAGUCCUUCUGUCAUAAAAAGUUUUUCCAGCUCUGUGGCCUCACCAGUAAAAGUCCUCAGGAUGUGAAGGUUAUCUUCAGUAUCCUCGACAAUGAUGGUAGCGGGUUCAUUGAAGAGGAGGAACUUAAGUUCUUCCUGCAGCGCUUUUCCCCAAAUGCACGCAUUCUGACAGAGAAUGAGACCAAGAAAUUCCUGUUAGCUGCAGAUGAGGACAAUGAUGGGAAGAUAGGAGCUGAAGAAUUCCAGUUGAUGGUUUUGUCCUGAGGUUACUGGAAAAGCAGAGAGAGCAGGACUCCGCUGCUUGCCCAGGUUCAGCAAAGGACUUCUAGCCGGCUUCCCUCUGCUUCUGCCCAGCCUUCCUCUACUGAGGCAUCACCCCACUCUUCCUCCACUCAAGUGCCGCCUCUCCCCAUUUUGAAUCAUUUAGACCUUUGAGAAACACUUAUUUUAACUUAUGAAAUAUCUAUGGAAAUAAAUGAACCAAAACUUUAAAACUCUUUGCUUGUUGAUGUUUUAAAACUCUAAUAAAGCAGCACUGAAGUGCUCCUCUAUAUAUGCAUCAAUACUGUACUGUCACUGUUUUUGGU